AUGUCUGGAGGCUUAUCUUCCAGUGUUAGCAAGUCUGAUCUUCUUCGUGAGCUUUCGAAAUUCGGCACUAUUGCGGAUGUUUGGGUGGCAAGAAAUCCUCCUGGAUUUGCCUUCGUCGACUUCGAAAAAAUUACUGAUGCUGAAAAGGCUGUGCGAGCUUUAGAUGGCAUCACCGUGUGCGAUUCGAAAUUAAGAGUAGAGUUUGCUCAUAACUGCUCACGUAAUGGCGACCGAUCACGUCCAGUUGGGGAGCAUCGGCAGUACAAUGACUCUCGAACAGGUAGGAGUCCAGUUCAACGUCGCUACGACUCCCCUCCUCGUCGCGGAAGAUCCCCUCCCGUUUUGUUUCCCCCGGAACAACUCCGCUAUCCUUAUGAGCAGUUGGCUGCCUUCUACAACCCUGAAAUGUUGAACGCAGCCGCGGCCGCUGCUGCUGCCGGCUUCCCGUAUCAAAUUCCCGGAUAUCCCACUAUGUUUCCGUUCUUACCUCCAACUGAGGACGUGCGCCGGUCAAUGCAGUCUUCUAGGAGACAUUCGCCCCGACGAUCUCCAAGUUAUCGUCGAAGCGCCGGAUCCUCGCAAACCUUCACGACGCUCGGUGUAAAGGGUAUCUUCCUUUUCAUUGGACAAUUCAACGGUGAUACUGACGUUCAAAUGGAUCAAUAUACCUAG